AUGAAUUCUUCCGACGAACCAAAAGGGGAUCCGGAAAAAUCGUUUAGAUUUUUGGAAAGCUUCGACGAAUGGCCGCUUCCUGACGUCAUACAAGCUGAAGCCCGUCAUGAGUUGAACGCGACAUUUUACAAUUCGAUGGUCGGUUACGUUAUUGAUCACAAAGAAGAGCUGUCAUUAUCGGACACCGUGGAAAUUCAAGAAAAACUUGGAACAGUUGGUGAAACAGAAAACAUGGACCGGGUAACGUACAUAUCGGGUAACGUGUUCGAAGGAUUCACGUCCGAAUCGAUACCACACAACACGGGACGUCUAUGUCUGGACGGCGGCGCCAUUUACGAGGGACAUUUCAACGACGGUAUUCCCGAGGGCAGGGGUGUCAUAAAAUGGUUGGACGGCAGUUGGUACGAAGGCGAAUUCCUGAAGGGCCUUAGGCACGGCCGAGGACUGCACGUGUCCUGCGAAGACGGCCGUCGGUGGUACAGCGGCGAGUGGACGAAUGGCAUAAGGAACGGUCAUGGAGAAACGUCCUGCUGCGUCGGCCAACCGGACGGCGCGUUGAAUUACUCCGGCGACUGGGUGGACGGGCUGCCACACGGCAGCGGCACGGCGAGUUGGCCGGACGAGACACGGUACACAGGUGGCUGGGCGCGCGGCCGGCAGCAAGGCCACGGUAAGGCAGUGUGGCCGGGCGACCACGUUUACGAAGGUGAUUGGGUAGACGGGCACAUGGACGGUACAGGCACAUACGAGUGGAAUAGCAAUCUUCAAGACUACGAUCGGCUGGUGCUCCUGUGCUUGUGUGACAAGUACACUGGUCAAUGGUCAAAGUCAAAAAAACACGGUAAGGACAAGCAAUAG